AGGAAGAGUACUGGAAUCAAGCAAGAACAUAAUGAACCCAAGAACACGGCGAAUCGCCGACCUGCUGCGCGAGUGCCUCACCUCCGGCGUUGCCGCCCCGUUCCUCUGCUGCCUCUCGCUCUCCGCCCUCGCCUUCGCCGCCUCUUGCCUCACCCUCCACCUGACCUUCUUCAAAUUCCCCCCCUUUCAGAGCCUCUUUUCCGCCUCUCACCACCUCCUCUACCUUCCGAAGCCCAGCAACACCACUACUCCCCACCACGCACCUCCUCCCUCCAACUUAUGGCAUGAGAUGAGCGACGAGGAGCUGCUGCGGAAGGCAACGACGACGACGGCUUCUUGCGGCGGCACAGCCGAGGAGAGGAAGAAGGUGGCGUUCAUGUUCCUGACGCGGGGGAGGAUGCCGCUGGCGCCGCUGUGGCAACGGUUCUUCCACGGCCACGACAGCAGGCUCUUCUCCGUCUACGUCCACGCGCCGCCGGAAUUCACGGAGGAGCCGCCGCGGGGGUCCGUCUUCUUCCAGCGUCGGAUCCCCAGCAAGCCGGUGCAAUGGGGCGAAUCUAGCAUGGUCGACGCCGAGCGGCGGCUGCUGGCGAACGCGCUCCUCGACCCAUCGAACUGCCGCUUCGUCCUCCUGUCCGACUCGUGCAUCCCGCUCUUCAACUUCUCCGCGGCCUACGGCUAUCUCGCCGGCUCCCACCUCAGCUUCGUCAGCUCCUUCGACGACCCGGGCAGCGCGGGGCGCGGCCGCUACAACAGGCGCAUGCGGCCGACCGUCUCCCUCGCCGAGUGGCGCAAGGGCUCACAGUGGUUCGCGGUGCACCGCGAGCUGGCGGUCGGGAUCGUGUCGGACCGCCGCUACUACCCCGUGUUCCGGGAGCACUGCAGGCCGCCGUGCUACGCCGACGAGCACUACAUACCGACGCUGGUCUCCAAGCUCUUUCCAGCGCGCAACGCCAACCGGAGCGUCACGUGGGUCGACUGGUCCGGCGGUGGGCCCCACCCGGCGGUGUAUCAGCGUCGGGACGUGUCGGAAGGGUUGCUGCGGAGGAUGCGGGACGGGUCGACGAUGUCGCGUUGUUCGUACAACGAGAGGCCGACCUCCAUUUGCUUCUUGUUCGCGAGGAAGUUCGAUGCGAGCGCCCUCGAGCCUCUGAUGCUCAUGGCGCCCGCCUUGUUAGGGUUUUGAGUUUAAUCCUGUUUAUUUAUUAAGGCUCCGUUUAGUUCGAAAAUAAUGAACAUGGAGAUAAAUUUUUUUGCGUUGUUCGUGAGGAAGUUCGAUGUGAGCGCCCUCCAGCCACUGAUGCUCAUGGCGCUCAUCUUGUUAG